CGUCAACGUCAAAAUAUUGAUAUCGGUAAUCUGUCAAAAUGGCACGUCAGCAGCAAGAUGUUGAUGAACUUUUCGAUGUUAAAAAUGCGUUUUAUGUUGGAAAUUAUCAACAAGCCAUCAAUGAAGCACUUAGCGUCAACGCGUCUACUCCCCUAGUUUCAUUACAACGCGAUGCGUUCCUGUAUCGCUCCUAUGUUGCCCAGGGCAACUACAGGAUCGUACUUCAAGAGUUAAAAACCGCCGAUCCUAUGCUCCAGCCGCUGAAGAGCUUGGUGGAGUACUUGUCACCAGGGGCAAACAAGCCAGCUAUUGUUGCUGAUAUUGAUGCAAGGGUAGCGAAAGGUGUGGAGUUGUCAAAUGAAGUAUUUCUGAUUGUAGCUGCUUCAAUUUAUUACCACGAGGAUAAUUAUGAAGCUGCCCUUAAAAUCCUACAUGGAGCCGAGUCUCUGGAACUGAAUGCAUUGACCCUGCAAUGUCUGCUGGCCAUGAACCGGCAGGACCUGGCUCGCAAGCAACUCAAACUGCUGCAGAACAUUGAAGACGACGGGACACUCACUCAGCUGGCUCAGGCUUGGCUCAACUUGUCUCAGGGUGGUCCCGGUGUGCAGGACGCCCACUACAGCAUAAUGGAGCUCUCCGAGAGGCUCGGCAGCCUCGGGCCCGGGCCCGCCGCCGUGGGCGCCGCCGCUGCUGCUUCCAGAGGAAUGUGGGAGGAGGCUGAGCAGAUGCUGACCGACGCGCAGUCCCGCGCCCCGCAACAUCCAGACUUGUUGCUGGGACUCGCGCUCACCGCCACGCACAGCGCUAAACCACCAGAGGUGGCCGGACGCUACAUAGCCCAGCUGUUAGACAGUCACCCAGAACAUCCCUUCACAAAGGAGUAUAACGCUAAAAGUAAUGAGUUCAAACGCUUAGCCGCCCAGUAUCAGCCUACUGUCGCAAGUUAAAUGUGUGAAGUUGUCGCAAUAUUGUAUUGGCUAAUAUAAUCGAGAGUUUAUUAUUGUAA